AUGACACAGACUCCAGAGGCGAUCUUGCAUCUAGAAAAGUGUCUCUUACGGCCCCAUUGCGAGAGCGAUGCCGAAGAUGUCUCCAGAGAAGCAAAUAAUCCACGGAUAGCAAAAUGGAUGACCAAUCGGUUUCCCCAUCCAUAUCGUGUCGACGAUGCCAAGAAGUGGAUGGCGUCUAUCAAGUCGCAACCUGAAGUUAACGCCUUCGUCAUCUGCCGGAAAGACGACAACAGAGCGAUUGGCGGAAUUGGUUUAGAGAACCGAACAGACGUGAACUAUCGGACAAUGGUACUCGGGUAUUGGCUGGGGGAAGACCACUGGGGCCAGGGCAUUGUAACUGAGGCUGUUACGGCUCUCUCCCAGUGGGCCUUCGAGAAGUUCCCCCACGUGAUCAGGAAUUGGGCAGCAGUCAUUGAAGUCUACACGCAGCCACACCAUGUUAUAUCAGAUAUGUCUCUUGUGAGCAUACCUCUAGCUGCUUUGCAUCCAUGCGGAUGCGAAAUGUGGCAUGUUACGUAUAUUGACAGUGUUGGGGGAUGGACCAUUGCCUCGUAG